UUUUCAGGCAUUUGCAGAGGUUCUUCUUCCAACACAUGACUACCCCUAACGCUAAUGAAACACAUGAAAAAGAAACACAUGAGGUCUCGGACAAUGAAGAUGCACUCCUUCUAGAGCUUACCGCUCUUCCGCUUCAUAGAAGCUCACGACGAUCAGGUCCGUGGUCAUCUCUGCAUUAUGAACCCAACCUGAAAUCUAUGUAUCGUUGCUGUGACUAUACUCGUCCACUAGCAUCCAAAGAAGAUACAGUGGUGUAUUACAAAAAGGGUGAUGUAGGUUUAGCCCAUGUGCACAAGGUUGAUCGAAAACGACUCAACACUGCCCUGUACAAUGGUUCUAUAUCAUGUCAAACGCUAGAACUUGAGACCAUCCCAUCUUGCCGUCGUAUACGUAGACUAGUCGAAGAGGUAUUCGUAGUGGAUCGGGGGUUUUCCGUAGGUGAAACUGUUAUAAAAUACGAAAAUGAAUUUGCUGGAAAUCCCGAAAAAGAGCAUAUGUGUAUGCCUCAGCUUGAGACUGCCAUAGGUCAAGUUGUCAAUGUAGAGGUACGUGGUGAUGUUUUGGUGCUGCCACAGAAGAACUUGGUUGUGAAAAAUGUUCCUUUGGGUGGAAAUGAAUACACUGAAAUGGUGAAUUACAACUCUGCGCAUAAUUAUGUGAUGUACAAAGAUUGGAUAGGAAAUGCUUGCGACUGUGUCAACGAUGUCACUUUGGUAUAUCGCGGCAGAUAUCGUUUUGUCGUCAAAGAAGGAGGUCGAAGUGGGGUUUAUCUUCGACGUCAGGAUCACGGCGAUGACGGAAAGGCCCUAGUGCCUGGCGAAUGCGUGUCGAUCUCGAUUAGUGAAGCGAUCGGACGCUCAGCGACCUGGGAAGGUGCUCCACCGAAAACGCUUACUGCCUCUAGGAGACGAAGAGGAGUUGGUAGUGUCAAGUGUGUCAUAGAAAAGAUUGAGACUCAUUCAAUAAUUGUUGACUGGAUUACAUCUCCUUCAUCAACUAGAAGCCCUCCGAAAACCAUACCCAAGAACGAGUUGAGCAAAGUUACUCGCAUUGAUCCUUCCGCUAAUCCGCGUCCAAGCACUUGCGACCGCGUCAAGGUUGUGCCCGAUGGACUGUCAACGGUCUGCACUUUUAAAGAGUUCUUCUCUGAUCUAACGCAACAAUGCGCUGAUCGAUUCAAAAAGCUGAUUGCUAGAGACGAUGAAGUGCUCUCUACUCCCUGUGAGAACUGUUCGAAAGCAUUACAAAAGGAUGUGAAGCAAAAUACAACCACUGCUAAAGCCGCGAAAAUUGCUCGAUUGAGCAGUUCCGCGGAGCAAGUGAAGGAAGCAGAGGCAAAUUCGUCGCAAACUCCCAUCUCAUCUGAAGCACCAAUGGCUCAAGGCGAUGUGGCGCACACUGCAGAAGUUGCUUCCUCAGACGACAGUAGCGACGACAACGAUGUGCCUUCAAGUUGUGGCAAAGCCAGAGUUUCCGCUUGCCGUACCAUUUUGCGGCAAAAACGAAUAAGAAAAUAUCCAACUAGGCGAAGAAGAUGCACUCCAUCGUUGCCUGUAGGAUGUUCUCGGUUAGCUAAAGAUGUCCUCGGUGACGGGUUUGUCGGAGAGGUUUUAUUAUCGAAUACCCUAGUGGAUGUACAGUGGAUGAAUGGCACUAUAGAACGCCAAAUUCCCGGAUAUAUGUUGAUUCCUCAUGAUCCUGAUCUCGAUCAACAAGACCAUUUACCUGGAGUUGUUGUAGCUCGAAAAGACUCACAAAAUGCAGAAUCUGUGUUUGGUUUAAUACUGUCCACCAAUCGUGCGGAGCGUUCCUGCGUUGUCUCUUGGUUCGAAAGGACCAAGGAUUUGGUCAAAGAUCUCGGCCAAGAAGAAUGUCUUCUCUUUGAUAUUAUGCCGCAUCCGCACUAUAAACGCCUGUUUAUUGGAAAUUACGGUGUCGUGUUAGACCAGCAGCAUACAUCCACUGAUAUUCGAGAUGUUGCCUUCCAGGUGGUUGCUGAUCUUACAAACGGCAAACAGCGAAUUAGAUUUUUGAACGGUCAAGAAGAGGAGCUGUGGCCUUUCGAUAUCUUGCCUAUACAUUUUGUGGAUGAAUCUCUUGAUAGUGACAGCGACGAUAGUUCCACUAUCAGCGAAGAGGAAACACAAACGGAAGGUGACAAAGACAGUGUCACCAUGACGGCUGUGACAGAUGUCUUACAUAAAUUUGGAAUAACUGAUGAACAUAAAAGCAAGAGUGAAGAUCUGAGGCGUGAUGAAAUUGAUCAAGCCAUCAUUGCUAUGCUUAAAUCUUCUCCAGAAGUUGAAGAUCUUGUCCAAAAAUGUUCAGAGGAUCUUGAAGCUUGUAGAGCUCAUACGUUCUUUGGCGUUUGUGUUACGCUGGCCUCCGAGAAGAUUGAUAAGCAGAAGCGAGUUUCUUGCGGGUCGCUUAUUGAGUUUGCUGAUGUGAUGACAUGUUUAUACCGGUCGUCUUUGCUCCCGGACAACUUUAGUUUGAGUCAAUUUUCCGAAUUGGUGGACGAUUAUGAGAACGCUAAAGUAUUUGAUGCAUAUGUUUGUGCUAAAGGCACGACAAAGCAACGAUCAAACCAUCUUGCAUCGUUGACCAAAGCGAGGGAUCUAGCCAAAAAUCAUCCCGAAUUGAUCUCAAUUUACCACCAUCUGAGUGUGUAUCUCAUCACUCGCAAAGAUGAUGGUGUGCGAAAACCUUUACGCUCGAAAUUCUAUGAAAUUCUCGACGUUACCACCUUCGAGCCUAGGCAUCUUUCAUGGGAAUACAUUCAGGCCAUAGCCGAUGAUUUGCUGGCUGUUCAUGAAGUUUGCGAGGAAGAGGAAGCAGGCGCGCGUAAGACUAAAAGAAAACGAAGAACAUCCAUAACGGCAUCGACGUCAUCGGCAGAAGUGCGCCAGGUGACACUUUGUAUAAAGGCAACUGCUAGAGAUUUGACGAGAGGCACGCAUCAAGCGAGUUUGAUUACGACAUUGUUGGGACAAAUCAUGCAGUUAUCGAAAUUGGAUGAAGGAGAUGCUGAACCUAUAAUGCUGUAUCCAAAUGAUGGAACUGUUAUGGAAAGCUUAGCUCCAGAAGAACGCAUUGAUGAGACUUACAAAAAAGCACGAAUCUACGCGUUGGCUUCUGCUCUUGUAUUAUUAUCCCGAUGUAAACUGAUAGAUUACAAUUCUUUGACAGAAGAUUCCAUUUGGAAAGAUCUGAAUUGUGUGUUUGCCGAAAAGUACAGCCCUCCAUCAUUUGUAGAAUACGCAACUCUUCAUGAAAUCAUCAACUAUGUACGCUCUGUGGACUUUUACGAUUCGUCGUUGUUAAAGCAGCUUCGUUUGUUCACAUCUAUGUACUCCGUCGAUGACAUCAGCAGUCAGGUGGAGCAGGAGUAUUCGAAGAAGUUGAAGGAGAUCUCAUCUUCUUCCGAUAAUGUCAGUGAAUCUUCUGCGGAGAAACAUCCUAUCGUAGCAGCCAUCAAGCAAAAAGGAACUUUCACGAUGUUGGACGAAUGUCCUGACCCCCAAGACCACUCUGAAUCACUUGCUAAUCGCAAAUUUUAUUCAACUGUUUUCAAAGAACACAAAAUGCUAGCGCAACAUGUUCCGGACAGCAUCCAUGUUCACGCAUUUGCUAACAGGCUCAAUGUGUUGCAUGUUAUCAUCAUGGGACCUUCGGGAACACCCUUCGAUAGCACACCCUUUUACUUUAUUUUCAAAUUAGGCAGCGAUUAUCCGGAAAAACCGCCAGAGGUGACUUAUGUGGCUUAUUCCCAAGAGCAGCUGAAUCCGAAUCUUUAUCAAAAUGGAAAAGUCUGUACGAGUUUGCUAGGCACAUGGUCUGGUCAGGGUGUUGAGACCUGGAAUCCAGCAAAAUCGAAUCUUCUCCAAGUGUUAUUGUCAAUUCAAGCGCUAAUUCUGGUGCCGGAACCGUAUUAUAACGAAGCCGGAUAUGAAACGAGAAAACAGCAGACAGAAAUGGCUGAUCGCUCCAAGCGUUACAAUGAAACAGCCACAAUAAACUCACUUGAGUACAUGCUCAAGAUCUAUAAAGAUCCUCCUAGCGAUUUCAAAGAACUUGUGAAGGAACUUGUUGAAAAGGAAUACACAGGGCUGCGAAAUCGUGUUAAAGGAUGGAUUGACGAUAGCAAACCACCCCUAUUUCCUAUCAUGAAUUCAAAAGGCUUCAAACUGGCUCUUGAAAAGGCAAUCGACCGAUUAGAUGCAGCGAUUAAACCGAAGUUAGAUGAACGACCUGAAGAGCCUAUGGAAGUAGGCGAUUCGAACAUCGAACUUGAGACAGAAGAGGCACACCAUGACCCAACUGAACCGAUUUAUGAAUGGUCAGUGCCAGCACAACCACGCAAAAUGCAAAAAGUACCACGUUCAUGCCCUACACAAUGAGAUUUAUUGAAUUUUUCAUUCCCAAUAUCAUAGUGAAACAUUUCAACUGCAUGCUACAAAUGGUUUCUUUUCUUUUCUACAGCGAUUUAUUUCCGCUAUUGUUUUAUGAUUUGCUCUGUGCUAUUUGCAACUGUCCGAGUGGUGAACACGGGUUAAAGCGAACGUGUACAUCAUGUUCAUAAUAACAAUUAGGCAGAUUUUAUAACAAUGUGGAUAAGAGAAUGCUUAUUUGAAUGGUUUUACUCUUAAAUUCUCUGCAGCAAAAUACCAGUAAUAAAAUAUACCAUGAAAA